CGACAUUCCUGAUAAUAUCCGUCUAUAACGAUUGAGUGUUGUUUUCAUUUUGGUCUUAACGAUAAUCCUUAUGCAAAAUGAUUUCACUUUUACUAAUUCUUCAUCUAUUUUAAUGCAAAGUGUGAUCAAAAUAAUUGUUAUUAUAAUGAGUUAUUAAUCUUUGACCUUCAUGUAUACCGCCGCGAUUUACGGUUCUACAAUUAACCACCGCCGUCGUGUGUGUGACAUUUAUACGUAAAUGGCUUUACGCUAAUUGAAAUUUCCGGACACCCCAUACUUCAAUUAUAAUAAUUUAUAAUUCAAUACUUAUACACAUAGUACAUACAGAAUAUUAUUAAAAACAAUGGCUGAUCUUUCCAUUAAAGAAAGUCCAUAUCAUUGUGACAAGUAUAAGUCAUUUUUAUUCACAUCAACCCCAUUUAAAAGUAUUGACGAUAGUGGAUAUGAUACUUCAAGUUCAACUAUAAACGGUGUUACUUCUAAUAUGAGUAAUUUAUCUGAUGGAUCUAUUAAUUUGGACCCAACAAUAAAUGAUCACUCAAAAUUUCAGUCGUGUUCUGAUAUAUCUUGCAUCAAGAAAAAUGCAAACCAAAAAAAAGAUAGCGUUUGUUGUACAGAUUGUAAAGUUUUUAACAAAUUACCCCAGCAACUUGAAAUUUCUUCAGAUCUUUCUCCUUCAAAAAAAUUCAAAUUUUCCUCAGAUUUGAGGAUGCGAUUUCAGUUAAAUAAGAGAGUAAAAAAAGAGAAAUGUAGACCAAAUAGAAAAAUGUAUUAUUUACAUAAUAACAUUAACCAUGAGCGAAUUUCUUUAGAAGAUCGAAAAAAUGUUGAUAUUAUGUAUUUUUUAUCAGAACGUCAUCAUUUUGGUCCAGUUAUAGAAAAAAUAUUUUCUUUUUUAUCCGAUUGUGAUAUUGUAUCAGUAUCUUUGGUAUCAAAAGUUUGGAAUAAUGCUGUAAAAAAUUCACUAAUUGCAAAUAAAAAGAUGGAAAAGUAUUUUAAAUUAUCUAAAGAAAACAGAGAAUGUGAAAGGAAAGAUCGAACAUCUGGUUAUAAUAAAGGGUGUUUAACUAAUAUUGAAAAUGUUAUGCGUUCUCCUGUUAAAAGAGAUUUAGUUUUAAAAAGUCCACCUGUCAGUCCUAGUAAAUAUAGAUGGCAUGUUUUUCAAAAGGAAGCAAGAAAGUUAAAUUCUGACCAGCGCCUUAUUCAUUGUCCAUUGUGCAGAAUGCCUUCUUCGUGGUCUCCUACUCAAUCAACUAGAGCACAGUGUCAUGGUAUACAUUGUGGUUACACAUUUUGUACAAGUUGUAUGUGUGAAUAUUCUAAUUAUUCAGAACAUAAAUGCCGAUCUGUCCCAAUAUCAUCAAAUACUCGACGAUCCCUGAUAUCAAGUAUAUCUAAGAGCAAACAUAACUUACGAAGGUUGUAAUGAUUAGAAAAUAGUUAAAGUAAUUUAUUGUUAGUUUAAUACCCAUGAUACCUCAGUAUUGUUUUUCCAUGUUAACUGUUUCAAUAAUACAUAUUUUCUGAAGUUUUAUUCAGCAAUUUAUGUUAAUGUUGCCAAUUAUAAUUGGUUAAUUGAAGUAUAAUCUUUUAAAUAAUUUUACUGAAAAAGUUUUUAAUUAAUUUUUUAUCUUCUAGUUCUAGUUAAUUUUUUUGAAACAUUACUAUUAAUUUAUUUUUUUUAAUGUACAUAUUUUCAUGUGAAUAACAUUGAAAAAUUGCUCAAAAACAAAAUUUAAUAUAAGUUUUUGAAUAUAAAUUGCAUUCUGACUGAAUAAAACAAAAAUGUUACCAGUGUAUUUAAGUUUAUACUAUGGUAAGAAUAUAUUUUUAUUAUUUUUUAAUUGUAAUGUACAAAUUAUUAAUUAGCUCUCUGUAUUAUUUAGUAUACAUUUUUUUACUUUGUUUUAUUAUUUGAUAAAGUCUACUUAAUUUUUCACUAACGAUUUCAAACUUUUAUUUCAUUUUUUUGUUAUGUGAAUUAUAAAAGUUAAGAAAUUAUAUUUUUGUUUAAUUUUUACUAAAUCUAUUUAAUUAAAAAAGAGAACUUCUGAUUAAUAUAAAAAGAAAUUGUAUGCAAAAAUUUUAUUAUUUAUAUGAAUCUCAAUUUAUUUUUGCAACUUAUAUUAGUGACUUAAUAGUUUUCCAUUGCAACAUUGUGUUUGACUGAUUUAAUUUGUAUUCAUUGUUUGAAGUGAACUUAAUUGAUUGUCUCUUUUUAUUUCAAUUAUUUUUGCUACAUUCCAACUAUUUGCUCAAAAUUUUUUGUUACAUGUUAAAGUAGUUAUUUACUUUUUUCUUCUUAAUGAUAAGAAUUUAUUAUUUCUAUUUAUUCCAUUAUCUACUUAAAUUAAUUUGAUUUAUAUAUAAUUCAAGUGUUUGAAAAAAAUUAAGAAUUUUAUUAUAUUUGUUCCAUUAUAUUGUCUUGUAAAUUUUAAAUAUAAAUGACAAGAAUUUUAUUA